AUGAGAUGUAAAACAUAUGAUAACUAUGACUCUUUUAAAACAUUAUAAUCUCCUCGUCUUCAUCCACUUAGAUAACAUAAGAGUUCUAAAUCUGAGGAUAUCGAUAUGCUUCAGUUUUAAAAUAUGAAUUACUCAUCAGUUCAUGAAGUAUCUCUAAAUAAUGAUUAAAAUGAAUUGAUAAAAAAAUAGGAAGAAUAAAUUAAAAAAUUAGAGCAUUAAGUCUAAGUAUUGGAAAAGAUGAUAGGAAAUUAUGCAAAUGUAUAACGAUUGUAAACAUUUGUAUCUUAAGUUUUUAAUGAGAUUGGAUUAGUAAAUAAGGAAAAUAUAUUUGAACCAAAAUUACAUUCACUUUGUUUAGUUAAAAUAAAUGAAUAGAAAUUGAAACUAAAAGAGUAAAAUAAGUUUAUUUCUUGUUUAAAAGAUUUAAUAGUUUCAUGUUCACCUCCUGAUUAUUUUUCUGGAGAUCAAUUACCUAAUCUUAAAUAAAUAUGGAGAUGCAUUAAAGCUAUGUUAGCUGAAUGUAUUGAAAAUAAAAGAAUUAAUCAAGAACAAUAAGUAUAUUUAUUAUCAAUAUAUUAAGCAAUUAAUCACAUAGUUAACUAAAGGAAUGAUGUCAUAGUCGUAAAAAUAGAUGAUGCAAACAUUAACUAGAAAUAAACUAAAUUGA